CAGCGCAGUGGUUUGUUCCUCAGACAGACUGUAACCUCCCCUCCCUGAGUCAGGUUUAUCUCAACUCCCAGGAAAUACAGCAGCGAAGACUGAAGUGUGAAAGCUGCCGAUCGAGAAACUGUGUCUCCGGUGUGGACGCUACUAAACGAGAGGGAGCCAAAGCUGGGAAGAACCAUCAAGUUGUCUGGAAUCUUCUCUCUCAAUCCUCUUCCAAUGCUUCAUUGGUUGAGGCCAUGGCCUCUCAGUCAGGCAACAUGAACCGUGAAGACCGGAAUAUGCUCCGUAUGAAAGAAAGGGAAAGGAGAAAUCAAGAAAUCCAGCAGGGAGGAGAGGCCUUUCCAGCUAACUCUCCCCUCUUUCCUGAACCUUAUAAAUCCUGCAAGGAAGAUAAACUCUCAAGUCGCAUCCAGAGCAUGCUGGGAAAUUACGACGAGAUGAAGGAGACCAUCGGUGAACCCCCAAUGCCAAAGCUCAUUCCCAAAGCCUCCAGCUCCUCCUCGGACGAUAAAUCCGGCCAGUACGGUGACCAGCGUGGAGGCACCCAGAGUCAGAACAGUAAAUGGACUCCUGUCGGUGGCAUUUCUUCCUCGUCCUGCUCGUCCUCCUCAACUUCUGCCCCCUCGCAGAAGCGCUCGUCCGUGCAGGGCAGCCACGGCAGCAGUCAGCGUAGCGGCUCCAGCAGCGGCGGUCAACGGCACGAGCGAGACUACAGCAGCAGCAAGAAGUCCAGCAAGCACGGCUCCGAGCACAAAUCCCACUCCAGCCCGGCCAAGGGCUCCAUGAGCUCCGGCGGACACUCGCGCGGCCGCAACAAGUCGCCCAGGGACAGAGAAGCCAACUGGGACUCGCCCUCAAGAGUUCAUUCCUUCUCCAGCGGACAGCAUCCCAGCCAGAGCUUCCCGCCCUCGCUCAUCAAACCCAGCUCCAUGAUCCAAAAACCCACCGCUUAUGUGCGGCCCAUGGACGACCGGGAAACGGCCGAGCCCAAGACCUCCUCGGAGUCGUACGGCGGUCAAUCACACAGCAGUGCGGUGGGAGAAAUGAAGCCCAGUGGCAAGGCUUCCCUCACCAAGCUCAAGAUCCCGACGCAGCCAGUCGAUGGUCCAGUGGGAGAUGCGAGCUGUGUAGAUGAAAUUUUAAAGGAAAUGACUCAGGUCUGGCCUCCUCCGCUAACAGCCAUUCACACGCCCUGCAAGACAGAACCAUCAAAAUUUCCUUUCUCCACCUCCAAGGAUGCCCAGCACCUGUCUUUUGGGGCACAAAGUAAUAACAACAGUAAUAACAGCGAGGCUCCUGAUCGAGACGACACCAGCAGUCACAGCGGUUCAGAGAGCAGCUCCGGCUCUGACAGCGAGAGCGAGAGCAGCUCUACAGACAGUGAGAACAACGAGCCACCUCGUCCUGCGUCACCCGAGGUGAAUCGCCUGCACAAACACAACCUUCACACGCACAUUUUUGUAACGGCCAGCAAGUCCCGCGAGUUCAUAGAAUCCGACUCGUCAUCGUCGGACUCAGAGGGCAACGAAAGCGUCCCCUCGUCUUCGCAGACGCCGAGAGAGCAGUAUGCCGAGAACCCGUCUGUCCUGUUCUCGCCCAUGCUUUCCCCGCUGAGUGACCAAGAAGGGAGGCUGCUGUCCAGACUGGUGGUGCAGAUCGAACUCGGUCUGCUGUCCAGAGUGCCUGGUCGAGUCUACAAGGAAACGGAGGUGAAAGCGGAGAGGAGCUCCCCUGCUGAAGGAAAAGACUUGCAGAAACAGCCGGGAGAAAAGGCAGCCAGCAAGGGGAAGAGAAAACACAAGAAUGAUGAAGAUGGUCUCAAACCAGACAGCAAGAAGUCCAAACUGGAUGAAAAGUCAUCGCACAAAUCCAGCAGUAAAGACUCAUCUAAGCGUGCUCAGGACAAAGAGAAGGAGUCUGCGCCCUCUCCUUCCAUCACGCUGCAGCGGACGCCCAAAUCAGAGCACCAGGGCCGCAAGCGGACGCUCAGCCAGUCCUCCGCCUCCGUACCCAACAGCAAGAGCAGCUCCAACUCCAAACACCGCAAAGGCGACGACAAGCCCUUACGCAGGGAUGCCAAGGAGAAAAGCUCUAAAACAGAGAAUCCCAUUGCAGUGCCGCCUCUCUCUGAUGGCUCUAAAUCUAGAUCCAAACUCCUGUUUGAAGACCGGGUUCAUUCAGCUGAUCAUUACCUUCAAGAAGCCAAGAAACUGAAACACAACGCAGAUGCUCUGUUCUACAUUGAGAGCGACACAACAGGUGCUCUCCUCACACGAAGCACAUGGAUGGACCGGUUUGAGAAAGCCGUGUACUACCUGGACGCUGUGGUGUCUUUCAUCGAGUGUGGAAACGCCCUGGAGAAAAGUGCCCAGGAGGCCAAAUCGCCCUUCCCCAUGUACGCGGAAACCGUGGAACUCAUCAAGUACACUAUGAAGCUGAAGAGCUAUCUGGCGCCGGAUGCAACCUCUGCAGACAAAAGGCUAGCGGUGCUGUGCCUGAGGUGCCAAGCGCUCCUGUAUUUGAGGCUCUUCAAGCUACGCAAAGAAAGUGCACUGAAAUACUCUAAAACGCUCACUGAACACUUGAAGAAUUCGUUGAGUAAUACCCAAGCUCCGUCUCCUGGAGUAGCAAAUAAAACGGCGGGAAUGCCGUCUCCGGUCUCUCCUAAACUGUCUCCUGGAAGUGCGGGCAGCUACUCCUCCAGCAGCUCCAGCCAGAGCACCAGCUCCUCCGUCACCAUCCCCCAGCGCAUCCACCAGAUGGCAGCCAGCUACGUCCAGGUCACCUCCAACUUCCUCUACGCCAUCGAGGUGUGGGAGCAGGCCGAACAGCUCGCCAAAGAGCAGAGAGAGUUCUUCUCUGAACUGGACAAGGUUAUGAGCCCGCUCAUCUUCAACACCAGCAGCAUGACUGAGCUGGUGCGAUUCACGCGGCAGGGCCUGCACUGGCUACGACUGGACGCCAAGCUCAUACAAUAGAGCGGCCCUAUCCGCGCUCUAUCCGUAGCCCAAAACACUCGCACUCGAUCUGCCUCGGACAUCUCUGUGACACUGUGUUCAUUUCUACACCAGCUUGCCAAAAAUGGAAGCACUCAGCGUCCCGCCCCUCCACCGCAAACCCUAUGAAUAUUCAUGAGAGGGGCGGCAGCCAAACCACACGUCUGUCAGAGCGCUCAUACACUGCAUCGUCCUGCUCAUAUCAUCGGCUUGUUUGGCUAAAAAAAGCCUGGUUUCUUUCUCUGACUGUCUUUUUUGUUAAUUCUCUGCUAGCUGUAAGCAAACAAGAAUAAUAAUUGGAUGUUUAUAGCUUUUUAUUUCAACCAAAGUACCUCCCUUUAACCAAAGGUGCUUUAAAAUUGAGGUUUUAUCAUUUUAUCGUGCCUUGUAUUUGAUAUACAGGAAACUAACUAUCUUGAAAUACCCAUCUAGAAAGGUUUGAAGCUGAAAGAACAUCAUGCAGCGCUUGUAUACCAGACCAAAAGACUGUUCGGCACCAUAUCAAGGCAUUAUUACUAAUCUGUUAUUUAGGUUUUUGGCCUGGCUCAUCCACAGACGCCACAUCAGAGUAAGUCAUGUUUAGAGCCUGUCUUAUUUGUAUAUGUCACUACCACGAACACCCAGGCC